AGAGAGCGAGAGAGCAGGCUGUGGAGAUACGGAGCUCCCGUAUCUUAUCAGAGCCAGCAGACAUCUGCUCCCGGUGCCUCCAACCUUAUCAGCGCUGCUGAUGCUGAUGCUGCUGCCGGAUGCUGCACGGGGGCGCAGCCCGGUUCAGUCUCCGGGUUUUAAGGAUGGGCACGUGAGGACGGCGCGGGACAAGGACAGCUGAAAGCCGGUGGUCUGUUCAGGCAGUACCGAGCCCAGAGAAACACCGUGUUGAUCCGAUCCGCCAGUUGAUCCCCGCAGCGACAGCCGCUGACGUUCACCGGGACCGUGAACUCGCUGUUAACGGGAUUUCAUUGAUGCGUUCUAGAACGCACUUGGCGCGCGGAUUUACCAGCAAACUUUGAGCCUCUCCUUCCUCCCAGAGGAGGGACGGAAGCUGAUUGGAGAUGACCGUUUCGCUCCCGUGAUCCUGGAUGGAUGCUGCCGGUGUGAGUUCUCACCGCGGGAUUCGGAUUCUGUCCGCAAGGCUCAGGUGGAGGACACCUGAGGAGCUCCGAAGUUUCCCACCGGGACGCGACAGAGCGUAAAAGCAACGCUCCUUAUUUGGUUUCCCAGCGUGCGCUGAGCUCACAGGUUCGCUCCACGUGGUUUUAGUUCAUCUGAAGAGAUUAGUGAAUGAGUGGUUGUUGUUCAGAGCAGCGGGGUUAAUGGAGGGUGUGUUUCCGGAGUGUGGACCCCUGCUCGGGCUGGAGAGGAGAGCAGCCGACACCUCCACAGGUGUUCCUCAUGAACAGUGAACCUGAAGUCUCAAGAUGCUGAGCUGCAGGUAGAAUUCCCUUGCAGUCCCUCUCCACCGCUCUGCUCUUUUCAUUUACCUGCUAGCUAUACUCCCUCCAUCUCCACCUCCUGCUGAGAAAACCUCCCCUUCCCUCCACCACCUCCUCCUCCUCCUCAUCCCACAGCACACAUGCAGGCCAAGAAGCGGUACCUGCUCGUGUCUGUGGUGGCCGGUCUACUCUUCCUCAUCUAUCUGUGGGGUCUGCAAAUUGGGGAGUUUCAGCAGCAGCCGUACCAGCACCCACACAUUCCCCAGUAUUACCAGUACCACCAGCAAGACUACCAGUACCACCAGCACCAGCCUCUGCCCCAGAGACUCCCGUCCAGACCAGCCAGACGCUGGCCUGAGUCGACCCAGCCGCUGGAGCCGUACCUGGAGGGAGGAGAGCAGGAGGAGGACAGCCCUCAGCUCCACCACCAGCACACCUCUCCUCGUGAACGCCGUGCGAUCCGUGACAACAUUUACAGGAAUAAGCGCUGUCGCAUGGAAACCUGCUUUGACUUUUCGCGCUGCCAGUCGGGCUUCAGGGUCUACAUCUACCCUCCUCAGAGAGGCGACGAGAUCUCAGAGGCCUACCAGAAGAUCCUGUCCUCCAUUGAGGAGUCUCGCUUCCACACCGCCGACCCUUCGCGGGCCUGUCUGUUUGUUCUGACCGUGGACACGUUGGACAGGGACCAGCUCUCGGCUCAGUUCGUCCAGAACGUCAGGACCCGCAUCCACAGCCUGCCAACGUGGAACGAUGGCAGGAACCACCUCAUAUUCAACCUCUACUCUGGAACCUGGCCCGACUACACGGAGGAUCUGCGAUUCGAAGUGGGCCUGGCCAUGCUGGCCAAGGCCAGCGCAGACGUGGCCAACUUCCGGCCAAACUUUGACAUCUCCAUCCCGCUUUUCUCCAAAGAUCACCCGCUGAAAGGAGGAGCCACAGGAUACCUGACGCUGAAUGACGCGCCACCUUCCAGGAAGUACCAGCUGGUUUUUAAAGGGAAGCGGUACCUGACCGGUAUCGGCUCAGAGACCAGGAACGCUCUGUAUCACAUCCACAACGGGGACGACGUCAUCCUGCUGACCACGUGCAAACAUGGCAAAGACUGGGAGAAGCACAAGGACUCCCGCUGCGACCGAGACAACCAAGACUACUCAAAGUUUGACUAUCAGGAGCUGCUUCACAACUCCAGUUUCUGUCUGGUGCCUCGGGGCCGACGUCUAGGAUCAUUCCGCUUCCUGGAGGCUUUGCAGGCCGCCUGUAUCCCAGUGAUUCUGAGCAAUGGCUGGGAGCUUCCCUUCUCUGAAGUCAUCGACUGGAGGAAAGCUGCCAUCAUCGGAGACGAGCGUCUUCUGUUACAGGUUCCCUCCAUUACCCGAUCUGUGGGCCGAGACAGGAUCCUGGCCCUCCGCCAGCAGACUCAGUUCCUCUGGGACGCCUACUUCUCCUCCGUAGCCAAAAUAGUCUCAACGACUCUGGAGAUAAUUCAGGACCGUGUGGAGUCUCAUGUGUCCAGGAACCACCUGCUGUGGAAUUCCCUACCUGGAGGUCUCUACGCCCUCCCACAGUACUCAGCUGACCCUGCUCAGUUUCCCUUUUACUACGCCAUGCUGGGUAAGAGCCCGUCGCAGCAGUUCACUGCUGUGAUCCACACCCUCACCCCUCUGCAGUCCCAGAUCUCACCCGUGGUGAAACUCAUCAUCGCUGUAGCCAAGUCCAAGUUCUGUGAACAGAUAGUGGUUUUAUGGAACUGCGACAAGCCUUUACCUCCUAGAAGCAAGUGGCCCUCCACCAGCGUGCCUCUCUCUGUCGUCGAAGGACAGACCAAGACCAUGAGCAGUCGUUUUUUCCCCUACAACACCAUCAUCACUGAUGCCAUCCUCAGCCUGGAUGAAGACACUGUUCUCUCGACCAAUGAGGUGGAUUUUGCUUUCAUCGUAUGGCAAAGUUUUCCAGAGCGUAUCGUCGGUUAUCCAGCGAGAAGCCACUACUUGGAUAGUUCCAGGUCGCGCUGGGGCUACACUUCAAAGUGGACGAACGACUACUCCAUGGUACUCACAGGAGCAGCGUUUUACCACAGGUACUACCACUACUUGUUCACUCACUACAUCCCCGGCAGCCUGCUGACUAUGGUGGACCGCCUGGCUAACUGCGAAGACAUCCUGAUGAACUUUCUGGUUUCAGCUGUCACCAAACAGCCGCCGAUCAAAGUCACACAGAAGAAGCAGUACAAGGAAACCAUGAUGACACAAGGCUCCAAGGCAUCUCGCUGGGCCGACCCAGACCACUUUGCACAGCGGCAGACGUGCAUGAACAUCUUUAGUCGUUGGCUGGGUUUCAUGCCCCUGGUGCACUCCCAGAUGAGGCUGGAUCCAGUCCUGUUCCGGGACCAAGUUUCAAUCCUGAGGAAGAAGUACAGAGACAUCGAGAGGCUUUGAAUGCAAUCAGCAGUUAACUGAAGCAAGACGGAAGCAUGGACAGUCCUGUUUGUGUUUAAAUUAAAAGGACAACUGUGAGGUGGAAUUUCAAACAUGUUUUAUAGAAGUUAUACGUAUGUGGGGAAAUGGCUGUGUUUGAGAACAAGCAGAUGUGUGUCCAAUGGACUUCUGCAAGCAUAUAAAAUGAAAGCAUCUGCUUAAUACAACCUGAGGAAUGUCGGUACCUUCGGUCUGUGGAAAUACCAACUGUCCAAACCACCUUUGUGGGUUUUAAAUGGACUUUUUAAAACUGUGAGACACCUGCAAACCAGCCUAGUUUUUGAUUUAUCUCAGCAAAAUGUUGCAUUGAAGGGAGAUGAAUUUAAAUGUGCAACAAACCUUGCCACACAAACAUAACGUGUUGCAUGGUUAAUAGACUUCACUAGUAGGACGUAUCUAUGAGGUCACAUGUGUACAGAAAUGACUCACGCUGGACUAAAGUGACUAAACUGUAGAUUUUGGAUUAAACAACUGCUACUAACCCAAAAACUCACAGAUGAAGGCAUUAUGCCUCUUGUAUACUAAUGUAGAUUUUCAGCAGGAGUUCCUGUCUGUAUGAAUCCAAUGGAAAUAAAAUAAAGAUGCUGUUAAAAGA